GUGGUGUUCCCCCUUUCAGUCCGCUUCAGUCUGCAGCUCAGAGGAUUCCGCAGCCGGUCGCCUUUCGUCCGAAGCGUCACGAUGGACCCGAUGCCCGUCAGCCCCUUCAGCGAUGCAGACGUGUUCGACUGCAUCCAGAAAGGGGAUGUGGAUCAGUGCGUGCUCUUCGUUCAAAAUGAUCGCUCAGUCCUCAGGCAUAGAGGCUGGGGCGGUUUCACCCCGCUCCACUACGCCGCCCUCCAUGGGAACCGCAUCCUGGUCGACCUGUUCCUCAGCAACGGAGCUGACCCCAACAUGACAUGUGAUGCUGGACAGACAGCCUUUCAUUUUGCCUGCAGGCAAGGGAACAUCUUUAUCAUACACCAAAUGUUGCAGUAUGGGGCUGAUUUACGCCUCGUAGAUGUACAGGGAAAGACGGCCCUGCAUCACGCAGUCACUGGGGGCAGCAUUAUUUCAGUGCACUAUUUGUGGGAGACGGGAAUGUUUCGGUUCUCGGACACAGACAUGUACCAGGUGACGCCCCUGCACCUGGCUGCAUCCACAGGCAACACGGAGGUCGUCCGCUAUUUGCUCAGAGACCAGAGAUGUUCUGUGGAUGCGGCUGACCAGCAGGGGGCGACGGCGCUUCACGUUGCAGCAGAGAGGGGGGGAGUGGAGGUGUGCUGGAUGCUGCUGCAGAGAACAGGCUGCAGGAUGCUCCAUCUGAGGAACCAUUGCGGCCAGACACCACUGGAUCUGUGCAAACAGGGGAGAACGUUCAGGCAUCAGCAACUCUCCAAACUACUGCGUAUGCAGAUGAAUGAGCCACUACACCACAAGCCCACAGAGUCUAUUGUUUUAUAUUACUGGACUCUGUUAUUUCCAUCUCUGAGUGGAGCUGUCAUCCUGCUGAUAGCACACAUGUUGGGAGGCUAUGGGGGUCUAAUCUGCAGCUUGCUCUUCCCCUGGCUGGCCAGAAGCAUCUUCACACAAUUUCACCGCAUGACCACUUACCAAAGGUUACCCAACCCGGUCUACCUAGGAACCCUCCUCGCUGGCUUAACCCAUACUCUGCUCUGCUUCUUUGGAAGAAUAACGCCCAGUGUGUGGCCAAACAGUGCUCUUUUCCAGAUGUCCAUUAUGCACUUUGCCCUGGUCCUCUGCUUAUUCUGUAAGGUUCUGACCCAGGACCCUGGGACACUGGACAGGGCCGAUGCAGACCCUCGAUUCUCCUGUAUAGCUGACCUGGUGGAGAGCAACCAGAGCCCUCACAUGUUCUGUCCGUACUGUGAGCUGUUUCUACCCGACCACACCAAACACUGCAAGCUGUGUGAGGUGUGCAUCAAAGACUAUGACCACCACUGCCUUUUCCUGAACCGGUGCAUCGGCCAAGGCAACCACCGCCUCUUCCUCUUCUUCAUCCUCUCCAUGGUGAUGGCCCACUUGUUCUUUGUUGCCUCCGCGACCAGUUACCUGUACGACAAGGUGCCCCCAGGCUUCCACAGUCUGUCGCUGUGGCUCGCACUCUUAGGGGAGGAGUUCUGGGUGGUGGUCAUGAUAGUUAUGAAUUUACUGACGCUCUUCUGGGAGGCCUGGCUGCUGACGGAGCAGUUCGAUGCCAUCGCCACGGGCACGACCACCUACUUCCGACAUUGCGAGAGCUCGGCUCGGCUGAGGUCACCCAGACAACGCUGGGUUAUCGUGCUGUCGUUUCUGAUUGAGGGUCGGAGGCGGGUGGGCAGUGGACAAAUGAGAGAGGACAAAACUGCCAUAGACAUUUAAAACGGUGGUUUCGUCUCAUCUGCAGCUUUUUCCUCAUCCCUCACUAUUAAAUAUACAUUGUCAGAGUAGAGUCUUCGGUGUACUCUUGACUUUGCAAUAACAUCAGUUACUCUCUAAUGCCAUAUAACACGUUGUACUUUAAUGUAAAAUGUAGUCAUAUUGUUUUAUUCUAUUUUAAAUUAUCAUAUACCUGUAUGUGAGUAGAGUGGUUAGCAGGAUAACUACCACUAGUUUUGUCAAAUAGUUUUUAGGGACCUCACUGAUUUGUUAUUUAUCUUGUUGCUUAGCGUUGCUCUGUGUGAAGUACUGGAUAUUUCCAAAAACUGUGUUUUAGCAGGAAACGCCUCUGAUAACAUGAAUGCUCACAUUCCCAACUGUGAUUUUUUCUAUUCCAUGCCACUCAUUUUUUAACAGUGUGUUUGUUUUUGUUUUUCAAUAAGAAAUGUAAAUAAAAACUGUGAAGCAUAAGAUAUACAACUUGACCGCCCACAUACACUAUCAUUA